AUGGUGUUCUGCCGAUCUCACCUCAGUAUCCAGAUGGCGGCAGUUGCCGCCCAGCGCCUUUCUAUCCCGAGGCUAGCCGGCGAGAGCUGUCGCGGAGGAUUUUUCCGGACAUGCUGGCCCGGCAACCAUGGCAGCGUUGGCAUGGUGAGCGCGACACGGUCAGCAUCAUCUUCGAGGGCCUGGCCCUCUCCAAGCGAAGAGAAGAGCCAGGAUGUCGAGGUGAAGGUGCCCGCCGGGGCGGUAGUGGGCGAUGUCACAAAAGAGGCAGGCAUGGAGGAGCUUCUCAGAGCGUCUCGUGGUGGAGGAGGCGGCCUGCGCAUUCACAAGAGAUGCCACGGCUGCGGCGCCUGGCUUCACUCAAACGACCCCGAAGAGCACGGCUACGUGCCCGAGGAGGCACGCGAGAAGUUUUCACUCACGGGCCGGAGGAAGGUUCGAGCAACUCCGAAGGGGGUACCUGUGGAUGUGCUCCCGCAGGGGGUUGAGGUGAUGCGAGACACGUCGGUGAAGUACAAGGACAGGACGCGUAUGUUGGUGUGUCAGCGAUGCUACCGAUUGCAGCACUAUCACAGGAUGGACACCCCUGUCAAGGGUGGCUUCUACCGCAUGGAAGGUGGGCGAGAUUGGGAGCAUGAGGCAGAGAUCGUGGAGAAGAUUGUCCGUCGAAUGCGUUGGCUCGUGGAUGCUCUGUCGCCAGUGCUCGUGCAAGAUACUUCUGCUGGCCGCGCUGUCGACACUUUCGCUCAUGAUCCCGUUGGCUUUUUCGUCAAUCUUGGACACCGGAAGGCCUGGCCUUUGCCGGCAAAUUGGCAGCCAAAACUCAGUCAUGAGCUCGCGCCGAUGCGGCUUUCGGUACCACAGGUCCAAAAUGCAUCCUCUGCCCCUCUGCCCGGCGUUACUAUCCGCGAGCCAAAGAAUAUCUGGCUGUAUUGUGCUGCGCAGUGGGAAGAAUGUGCUUGCGACGGGAAGAUUCGAUGGGGCAAUGCCGGUUCUUGGCAAGUAGUUCCCUGGUCAGUUGUUACGAAGUCCAACCGAGUUAAAUGCCAAGUUGGUAAGGAGCCGGGCUUUCCUGCGUUGAACGAUGUGCGGCCGGGUGACGAUCAGAAGCACUGUGAGUGUCAAGUAAAUACAGCAAGCCAGAUGUUCACGUACAUCAAUCUUCUCUCCUUGCCCAAAAGCGAUCGGAAAUACAUCGAUGUGGAGCCAGUUGCCUCCUGCGGAUCUUUCGAGCAAGAUACUUCGGCGGCAGGGCAGCUCCUUUGGGAGGGCAUUCGGGGAGUGUGUGAUCAGCAGUGGUCGCCGCCACGGGAGCCCGGGAGCCAUGCGCUGUCUGGCAAAGAGAUGACCCAAGCUAUGCGUGCGCUCGCCAGCACGGCAUUCGCACAGAACUAUCAGCGGCUGUACCGCGAAGGUUGGUUGCAGCGAGGUUUCGUGAGCUACUUCAAAGGUCCGCCAAACAGUCAGCAGGCGCAAUUGAUGGAGCUAUUGAUCGAUUCUGUCCAUCAGUUUUCCGUCUACCCGAUCGUCGUUCUGCACGUGGGUCUUGCCAUUCCAAUGCACUGGACACCCAGAGUGUUUCCACGACUGGUGGUCCUUAGCGUGAAGGAGCUGCCCUCGUCUGUAAAGGCAUGCUCGGCAGUCCUUCAGGCGGCACUGCUUUCCCGAGUGGAGACCGGGAUCUUUCUGAGCCAUGACUCCCUGAUUUUGCCAGGGAUCGACCGACUCUACGGCACCAUUGCGUCGGAGGUCACUGAAGACCACCCCUGGCCCAUCAUGCCAGUGCACUUCUUGGACAAAACGAUGGAUGACAACGAACCCUUCUGGGCCCAUUUUUGUGCAAAUCAGUCCUGUCCUCGUCAAUCCAUGCGCUGGAGCCAGCUCAGUCUCAGCUGGAGUCGCUUUUCUUUACCUUUCAUUGGUAGCACGCUGCGAGCCGUCUUUCGUGAUGAGACCUUUUCCGGCGAAGCGCCAUAUCAGCCCCUGCGGCUUCGCAAGGCCGCAGGCGCAGAGGAGUUACUGAACGUGGCGCUGUGGGAAGCUGGCGCUUACAAGCAGUGGUGCAAAUUUGAUCUGCCGGACAUCUCGGAAGUGGAGGAAUGGCUGCAGCUUCCUGCAAGCACGGCCAGAUGUGAGACGUCUGUUUGUGCCCCGCUCUUGGGCGACAGGCGCUUCUACCCAGAUGGUGUUCCUAAGGUUUUUGCAUACCUGCGAUUUACCACGGACCUUUUCCGUGCCCGGCGGCUGAAAGAGAAUAUCGCCCGGAAGAAGGCAGAGCACUUGCUGCCUUAUCCCAUCCUGGCAGGGAAGGCCUACAAGAACGCAGCAGAGCUGCGGCGCGACUGGCCGAACUUGCGGUGCUUGACGGGCGACCAAAAGCCGAGGACGGACAAGGAGGACUCUGAGGUACUCAUGGUUGUGGACCUGUUAGACUUCGAAAGUUCACUGGUGCCCGAGCUCUUUGAUGCGUGUCGUAACCGUCGGUUUCCGGUGAUCGUGGUCGUGAACAAAGUCGAUUGUCUUCUAGACAAGAUGCGGGACAAAGAGAAGGGCCUAGCACGGCUGAAAGUCUGGGUGCGACGCAUGUCGCGACAGAUCCGGAACGUUCACACGAACGAUGUGGUCCUGAUCAGCUCCAGUAGUGGCCACGGCUUCAAGCAACUCGAGGAGAGAUUGAGGCACCACCUCCUGCCAGAGGACCCCAAGUGGAUGUACGUGGUGGGCCGUGUGAAUUCGGGCAAGUCUACAUUUGUGAACCGCUUUUUGUGGUACAUCGGCUACAAGCAUCAGGGGGCAGUCCACUACAAGCGGGCAGUGGGUGGUGUCACUCGUUCCCCUGUGCCAGGAACGACGCUGCACUUCGUGUCCUUUGGCCUGCCGAAGGGAUUCCGGCUGGUCGACUGUCCUGGGAUUCCUUCACGUCACCAGGUCACCGCACAUCUUCAGGAGGCCAUGGAUCUCUACGCAGUUGUGCCGCGCAAGCGGGUAAACUCAAUUUCCUACGCCUUGCAUACAGGUCGCUCCUUCUUGGCAGGUGCCCUGGUUCGCAUCGACCAGGUACAGGGAAACAUCAGCUUUCUGUCGUCCUUCUUUGGCUUGAGCGUCACUCUCCACGUCUGCCAAACCUGUAAAGUGGAGGACCUGCUGAGCCGCAAAGCUGGAGACUUCUUCUACCCGCCUCACAGUCGCGACGAUUUCGAGCGGCUGGGUCCGCUGGUGCGUCACCGUGUAGAGGUUUUCGGCAGCAGCGACCGCGCCUGGGACGACAUUGUCAUCGCUGGCAUGGGCUGGGUGUCCAUCAGCGGCUACGGCACGAAAGUCCUUGACGUUUGGGUUCCCAAAG